CUGACGUCAUCGAAGGAGCCUACUCAAGCUGGCUUCGUGGCUGAGGGGGAAGUUACCUGCGACUCCAGUCGCAAAAAUCUCACUGCAGCCCUCGCCGUCUCUUCUGUUCCGCCCAGGAGAGUUCUAAGCUUGCCCUCUGCCUCUGCGACGAACUUUGUUGGUCCGCAGCCACAGGAUAACGACAACGCUUCUGGCUCGUCAGCAACCAGUGCCUCCAUUAUUCACCUUGCGGAUGUCCAAGAGGGCUCCACAGGUCUUCUUUCCGUGUCGAAGCGCACCAUUUCACCACUGGAGGAAGCUGCGGACACGUCUCCCGAAGUGCGCAAGGUUUCACGACGGUCAGCGCGGUCAAUGCCCCUCACGGUGGAGGAGUUGCAGACGAGUCCCUCUGAGAGAAAGUCGAGCAGGCAGUAUGGAAUUCCAAAGAACAGUGCAGCAACGCAGCCAAAUGCUGAACCAGAUCCCACGUUAGAAGCUGUUCGUGGUGGCGCAUCGUCACCACGAACGGCUUCACGACGCAGUGCUUCGUCGAGGGCGGUCGACGACAAUAGAGGCGGCAGUGCAGUUUCGAGGUUUUUCGCGUCCUCAGCAGCGAGCGAAGCGAAAAUUGUACCAGCUCCGCGGUCUCCAGGCACGAAGCGUGAGGACGAUAUGUCUUUUCUUCCGCGGAAGACUGAGUCGAACAGCCCAAAAAACAGGAUCGAGGAGCUUUCGCAAGCUAUCCGUACGCUAGAGGAGCGUACGAGUGUGGCACGUGGGCCACGUCUAGCGUCGAAGGAUGUCGACAGUCAGGAUCGCAUCUCGUAUGGUCCACGUAAGUAUGGGCAGGAGAUUCUGUCUGCACCAGAGAGUUAUUCACCGGGUGGAGUUCUUGCGUCGUUGAAUCGAAAUGGCGCCCGAGGAGGAGGUGCAGGUGAACGGACAGGAAGUUCGGGACCCGCUGGAGGCGGUCCGCAGCUGCCCUCGUUUACAGAAGCAGCAGUAGUGCCUCCUGGAAGUAGAAGUGAGCAGAAGAAGUACCAAGAUCCAUGGGAAGUAUUUCCUGAAGCGAUGAAUGCAGCCAAGCGAGCGCGCAGUCCCGAU